AUGUCUGCUUCUUCUUCUGUACGGCCAUAUGACAAGUCAUUUGCGAACAUUUCGGGAACCUUUGGUGGUCUUUUUGUUCCAAACAUCGCAUCCUGCUGGUUUCUUUUUAAAAGAGCUAGCUCAUUAGCUAUCUGUGAGUGGGGCUUGUUGAAAGCAUCUACUCGAGUGUAUCGAGAAAGGUUCAGUAAAUAUAAAUCGCAGGAAAAACCUGUGGUGGGGAGAUUAGUAAGGCAAGGCUUCCCUCUACCUUCCAUCGGCUUAGAAGUUAAAAGGCGGGGGGCCGGAAUAUUUCGUCUAUUAAGGAGGAUUCCCCAAAUACCUAAAAUAAAGAUGAUCAUAGAAAAUGUGAAAUAUUUAAGAGUAGACAUUGAUGGUAUUCGUGAACCUGUUUCUGGAUCUUAUGGAAACAAUAUCAUUUCUGGUGCCAUUAUUCCUACUUCUGCGGCUAUAGGGUUGCACUUUUACCCAAUAUGGGAAGCGGCAUCCGUUGAUGAAUGGUUAUACAACGGCGGUCCUUAUGAGCUAAUUGUUCUACACUUCUUACUUGGUGUAGCUUGUUACAUGGGGCGUGAGUGGGAACUGAGUUUCCGUCUGGGUAUGCGUCCUUGGAUUGCUGUUGCAUAUUCAGCUCCUGUUGCGGCGGCUACUGCUGUUUUCUUGAUCUAUCCAAUCGGUCAAGGAAGUUUUUCGGAUGGGAUGCCUCUAGGAAUCUCUGGUACUUUUAACUUUAUGAUUGUAUUCCAGGCUGAGCACAACAUCCUUAUGCACCCAUUUCACAUGUUAGGCGUAGCUGGUGUAUUCGGCGGCUCCCUAUUCAGUGCUAUGCAUGGUUCUUUGGUAACCUCUAGUUUGAUCAGGGAAACCACAGAAAAUGAAUCCGCUAAUGAAGGUUACAGAUUUGGUCAAGAGGUGGACAGCUUGCUCUCCCUCAAGCCUAUUCCCCUCCUGAUCAUGAAUACAUAA